UGUGCUGUUUGCAGGCCACGUUUUGCACUUUGACCUCAAUAGCAUAAUGUAGGUUUCCCUUGACCACUAAAAAUGGCUACGAGUGAAGAAAAACAAAACGGUACAGAGAAGCAAGAGGACCUAUGGUCGGCCAUUUUGAAUGAUGUGGCAGUGAGUAGCCGGAGGAGCAAGCAACACGUCACUAAGACACUACUAGUCCUAGGUGAUGUGAGCUCUGGUAAGAGCACGCUGGUGGAUCAAAUGUGUCGACUGUCCAAGUCCAGUGGUCUGGGGGCCAAGUUCCCUCUCAGUGGCUGCUCCCUGGAGUAUCGGUUCAUUGAUAUACAGGACGAAGAGACAGACGACCUGCUGGAUCGUAUGAGUGUGUGGAUCCUCGAUGGCGUGGUGUGGCACUCUCAAUUGCUCCCCUUUGUCCUCACCAGGGAGACCCUCCCACAUACUACAGUGCUCCUGGUGGCAGACCUCUCUCAGCCAUGGGGGAUAUUAGAGAGUCUAGAGAGAUGGGCCCAAGUGGUAAGGAAGCAUGUCUCCACUCUCAACAUUCCCCCCAAAGAGCUCAAGGAUAUGGAGGACAAGAUGGUGUCACUGUUCCAGGGGUACAUGGACCCAGAGGACCCACCAGUGGUGACUGAGGGGGAGAGUGUCACACUGCCACUAGGAGAGACCACUCUCACUUGUAACCUCGGGCUACCAGUCGUUGUGGUCUGUUGUAAGUCUGACUCAAUAGUGGACCUAGAGAAGACACACGGAUACAGAGAUGACCACUUUGAUUUUAUACAGCAGUCCAUCCGCAAGUUCUGUCUCAACUAUGGGGCAGCAUUGUUCUAUAUCUCCUCUAAAGAAGAUAAAAACGUGUCCCUACUACUCCAGUACCUCAUGCACAGAGGCUACUCUCUCCCCUUCAAGACUGGGGCAUCAGUGGUGGACAAGGACACUGUCUUCAUACCGUCUGGUUGGGACAAUGAGAACAAGAUUGGCAUAUUGUAUGAGCACAUGAAAGACAUCUCCCCUACUGCCCCCUACGAGACUGUCAUCAUACCACCAAAGACAUCACAGCCUGAGACUCACCUGGGAGAGGUGACUGCUGAGGAAGAUCAAGUGUUUCUCAUGGCACAGCAAGCCCACCUCGUCCGGAGUCCUAAACCAGCCGGAGGAGCACCACCCCCCAGCAAAGAGAAGGGUUCCCCAACACAGCGACCCACUAGCUCUCCCAGGAGCUCAUUACCCACUCCCUCUGACACGGGAGACGUGAAGCCACCAGCCAAUGAGACAGUACUGGCCACAUUCUUCAACAGUCUACUGAGCAACAAGAAGCAGUCUGGUGGGAGGAGUGGGGCUGGCAGGCAAAGCCAGACAAGAGCUGAUGUGGAGGCAGAAAUCGAUAGAAUGCAGAUCAAGAAAUCAUAAUAAAUUAUGUGUUCAGUUUUAUGCUCACAGACGUUUUUUCAACUUCCAGAAAUUUAUAUAAUUAUAUAGCAGUCAGUUAUUAGUUGACUCUGCAGUCUGUACAUUUGUGUGAUUCUCUGUGCACGUAACGACCAGGUGUGCAGCUCUGCAUGUUUUAUGUGAUAAUGAUCUAUAUUGAACAA